UUUUUUUUAUUAAAAACGUUUUAAAAUAAUUUGUUUAAAAUCAAUUAUUAUACUAAAUUAUUAUUAUAUUUUAAAUAUGACUGAUGAAGAAAUUUGUAAUUUAUUAAAAGAUGAUUUUGAAAAUUAUUCAAAAAUAGGAAAAGGAAAAUUCUCUACAGUUUUGAGAGCAAAACGAAAAUUAGGCAAUAAUAAGGAAUGGGCAAUUAAAGUAAUUCAUGAUUUAACUGAUAUUGAAAAAAAUAAAAUGGCCGAUGCAUUAAAUGCUUGGGCAAAUUUGGAUAAAGAGUUUAUUAUUAAAUUUAAUCACAGUUGGAUAGCAGGAAAUAAUUUGUUUUACCAAAUGGAACUAGCAUUGUUUUCACUCGAUGAUUGUAUACAAAAAAUGAUAUUAUUUUUUAAAUAUGAACCUAAAACAUGUUGGCCAGUAAUUGGCUACUAUAUGGCAUCACAAAUAUUUUUUGAAUUAUUAAAUGCUGUUGAUUAUUUACAUACAAAUUUAAAUGAUUCUAAAAGUCCAUUGAUACAUAGAAAUCUGCAUCCAAAAAAUAUAUUGAUAGUUCAACAACAAAAUUCAAAAUUUAUAAAAUUAAGUGAUUUUGGUUAUUCAAUAAAGCAUGAUGAUGAAAACAAAUCGCAUACAAAAAAUAUAGGUUCAGAAAAAUAUAUGGCACCAGAAGUGAAAAAGGGUAAUUAUGAAAAAGCCGAUAUUUAUAGUCUUGGUAUUAUAUGUUUAGAAUUAUUCAAUAUAAACUUCGAUGAUAUAAGAAAAUUUGAUGAGACUACAAGCAAAAGAAAUGAAUUAAAAGAAAUGAUAAAACAGAUAAAAGAAUACUCUAUAAUAAAAGUAGUUAUAGAUAAUAUGUUAGACACGUAUGAUAAACGUAAAACUUGUGAAGAAAUACUUAAAAUAAAUGAUAAUGAUGAUAAAUGGUAUUUAUUAAUAACAAAAAUAUGGGAUAAACUUGAAAUUUAUGCAAAAAAUGAUUAUUCGCCAAAAACAGAAUUUGUAAAAUUCUUUCUUACUAGUAAAUACAAAUUUCAUAAAGAUGAAAUUGACAAAACAAUUGAGGAUAUACCUAACGAACCUAAUUAUUAUAACUCAUUUAAACAAGAAAAAAAUUUUAAAGGUGAAGGCGCAUUUGGCACAGUUUAUAAAGUUCAAGAUAAGAAAAUGGAUUAUUACGCAGUUAAAAUAAUUGACACAUCACUUUAUUCAUUCAAAAGUGUAACUAGAUUUAAAGAUGAAUUAUGGUAUUUAAGACACUUUACAAAAUCUAAAUUUACAGUUGACCUAUUUAAAUAUUGGCGUGAAAAUGAUAAAUUAUACAUUCAAAUGGAACUAUGCGAUUUUGAUAUGAACACUUUUAAAGAUUUUAAAAAACGAAUUAAUAAUAAUUUAUAUGAUGUAAAUUAUUUAAAUAAUAUUGAUUUUUUUAUAUCAUCCAAAAUAUUGCUUGAUUUAAAUGAAUGUUUAAAUCAUUUGCAUACAAGAAAUCCUCCGAUUAUACAUAGAGAUUUGUCUGCAGCUAAUAUUUUUUUUAAUAAAAUUAAUAAAAAUAAUAAAUUCAUUAUGUUAGGAGAUUUUGGAUUAGCUAGAAGAUUUUAUAAAAAUGAAAAUCGUACUAAAGAUGUUGGCGCUUUAAAAUAUUGUUCGCCUGAUGUUCUAUACACUACAACUUACGAACCAAAUUCUGAUAUUUAUUCUCUAGGCGUUAUUGCUGACGAACUAUUUAAUUACAAAUCAACUGGCUAUACAAGUGGUGUCACCACUGAUGACACUACUGAUGUCACCACUGAUGUCACCACUGAUGUCACCAAUAAUAAAGCCUUAUUCACAUCAAUUAUCAAUGAGACAAUUGAAUUGAUUGUUCAAAUGAAAUCUGAUUAUAAAUUAGUACACAAUAGACCUGAUUAUACUAAAAUCAAGAAUAUUGUUAAUGAUUUACUGUCUAGACAUCAAACAAUUUUUGAUGAUUUAAAUUAUCAAAAUUUUUGUCCAGAUUCAAACGCAAAUGUUAAUAAUAAAUCUAAUGAUUUAUCUAAGUAA